CAGCAUUCAUGCUUCCUUUUUACACAACAUUCUAUCUAAAUUGUUUUAAUUUUUGAUUUAAUUUCUGUCUCAUUCUGUCAUUGGCUACAAGAUUAAAUCAGAAUUGAUCCAGACUUCUAGUAGACAUUUUCAUGCUCUUUUUGCUUCCAGUUUUUUUCCCUGUUGUCAAAACCUUUUCUUUAAACUUGAUCAGUCGACAUGACUUGUCUCCAAAAUUCAUCACUUUGGUGUUUAUGUGCAGAAAAAAGCUAUUGAUCAGUUUUAUACUUACCUUACAUGAAAUGAUGAUUUCCUGAUUAGCAUAAAAUAAGGUCAAAUAUGUGCAGGUGAUGAAUGAACUUAAGAGUAAAGACUCUUCAUGCAGCUGUGGGAUGUUUUUGCAAUCAUGUUUUUUUUUUUCUUGUGCUUUGCAGCAUUCCCUAGGGCUGCUCUCUUAUUUUGUGAGCUAUUGCAAACUCAGGAAGGGCAACAAUACAAUGCUUUAUGAUUAAACUUCCUAUAUGACCAUGUCUAGCAACCUCCCCUGCCUUGUGACAGCUCACACAGCAGCUGAACCAACAACAGACAGCGAAGAGCAAAGUGAGGAUGACCUGGCCCCUCAGUCAAACUUUCUGGCCAAUAUGAACAACAGCAAUAACAAUGAAGAAGAAAAAAAGAAGAAAAAGAAAAAGGAGAAAAAAGAGAAAAAGGAGAAGAAAGAGAAAGAAAAAGAAACAGAAAAAGAAAAGGAGAAAGAAAAAGAAAAGGAAAAGGAGAAAGAAAAAGAGAAGGAUAAGGAGAAAGAAAAGCCCAAAGAAAUAUUUGUUAUCAAUCCAGCUGGAAAUUUAUAUUACAACUGGCUUUUCAUCAUCACUUUACCUGUCAUGUAUAACUGGACUAUGAUCAUAGCCAGGGCAUGCUUUGAAGAGCUGCAGCAUGACUACAUAAUCUACUGGAUUAUUUUGGACUACAGUUCAGACCUCAUCUACCUGGCUGAUAUGUUUGUCAGAACCAGAACAGGCUAUCUUGAACAAGGUCUGUUGGUGAAAGACAAGAAGUUGCUUCAAGAGAACUAUGUCAACAGCCGCCAGUUCCAUCUUGACGUUCUCUCUAUGCUACCAACAGACAUCUUGUAUUUUGUCCUCGGCCUUGACUACCCAGAGAUCCGCAUCAACAGGCUGCUGAGAAUUGGCCGAAUGAUGGAGUUCUUCACCAGGACAGAGACCAAAACCAACUACCCAAACAUUUUUCGCAUCGCAAACCUAAUCAUGUACAUCCUCAUUAUCAUCCACUGGAACGCCUGCCUGUACUUUUCUUUCUCUAAAGCUAUUGGUUUUGGUGCGGAUGAGUGGGUUUACCCAGCUCUGGACAAUCCCGAGGAGCCAGAAUUUGGGAAGCCAAUGAGGAAGUAUGCUUUCAGUCUCUACUGGUCCACACUGACUCUGACCACCAUCGGAGAAACCCCACCUCCAGCUCUAGACUCAGAAUUUUUCUUCCAUGUGGUAGACUUUUUAGUUGGAGUUUUGAUCUUCGCCACCAUUGUGGGAAACAUUGCCACCAUGAUUUCCAAUAUGAAUGCUGCCCAAGCUCAGUUCCAAGCCCGCAUUGAUAACAUCAAGCAGUACAUGCAGGUUCGAAAGGUCAACAAGGAACUUGAGUUGCGAGUCAUCAAGUGGUUCGACUACCUGUGGAAUAAUGGUAAAGCUCAGAACGAGAGAGAGGUACUGAGGUAUCUCCCAGACAAGCUGAAAGCAGAAAUAGGCAUCCAGGUCCACAUGGACACCCUGAAGAAAGUUCGUAUCUUUGCAGACUGUGAGGCAGGCCUUCUGAUCCAACUUGUACUCAAACUCCAGCCGCAGGUGUUCAGCCCUGGCGAUUACAUCUGCAAGAAGGGCGACAUUGGCCGAGAGAUGUACAUCAUAAAGGACGGCAAACUUGCUGUCGUUGCUGAUGAUGGUGUCACUCAGUUUGUCGUGUUAGGAAGUGGCAGCUACUUUGGUGAAAUCAGCAUCCUUAAUAUUAAAGGCAGCAAAGCGGGCAACAGGCGGACAGCCAACAUUCGCAGCAUUGGGUACUCUGACCUCUUCUGCCUGUCAAAGGAUGAUUUAAUGGAAUCGUUGACUGAGUAUCCAGAUGCCAAAGCCAUACUGGAGGAGAAGGGCCGCCAAAUCCUCAUGAAAGAUGGUCUAAUAGAUUUGGAUCCUGCCAACAUCAAGCCUGAGGUUAAAGAGUUGGAGGAGAAGGUCAAUAAGUUGUACAGCACAAUGGAGCUGAUGCAAAUUAAGCUUAAGAAGGUUUUAGGAAAUUACAAAAGCUCUGGCAAAGCUCUGAAGCAGCGAAUCACCGAAUUGGAGCGCCUGAGCGGAGAGGAGGUCGAAGAUGAAGACGAGGAGGAAGAAGCAACAAAAGAAGCAAAAGUUGAAGAAGAAGGUGCAAAGGCUGAAGGAGAUGGAGAGGGAGAGAAAGAAGGAGAAAAGGGGGAUGUGACUGAAAAAAGAUGAGAAAGGAGGAGAGGAAGAAAAAGCAAAACCUGAUGAAGUGACACCUGAAGAUGAAGAAGAGGUGAAGAAAACAGAUGAAGAAAAGACAAAAUAAUUCUAUGGUUUUGAUAAAACUGUGUGCUUUUUUCCACCAAACAGCUUUGAUAAAAAUUUUAUCAUUCAGACUGAACUUACUUUAAAAAUAACUCAAUGAAGAUAAUUAUUAAGAUAAAAAAUCUCAAUGAAAUAGUCCCAAUAUAGAUUAAAAAAGAUUAAAAAAGGACAGGAACAGCCUCUGAACUUUUCUAAAAACAAACAAUCAAUCUUUACAGGGCUGAAAACCAUCUUAAUGUUCUGAAUGAAAGAUGGCAUCUGUCAUCAGAGCUUUAGUCAGCCCAUGUACAGCAAUAAUCAUAUUAUAUUUGUGAUAACAAGGAACAUAUGGUAUGCUUGUUUGUCUUUGUGUCUAUGGUGUAUAAUGAUGUGAUUGUGAUGCUGUAUUUCUGAGUGUUUUAUGUG